GAAGGUGGUGGAAGCCGGCGGAGGUAGUCUGCGGCCGGCGGUUAGGUGAGCGCGAGAGCGGUCGGAGUGUCUCCCGCUGGGGCGGAUCAGCCCCCUCGUACCGCAUUUAAAAAAGAGGAUACAUGAUCAGUGAAGAGCUUCAACAGCAGAUUGCUACAGAAGAUCAUUGUUUUUUCCCUGCGUGGCAAGCUGCCUUCGGAUAAUGUACAAUGGGACUACAAAUUCAUUUUGUGGUUGACCCGCAGGGGUGGUGCUGCAUGGGCAUGAUUAUCUUCGUCUGGCUUUACAACACACUCUUUAUUCCCCAAAUUAUCCUCUUUCCUCACUAUGAAGAGGGACAUACUUCAGCUGCAGCGAUACUGUGCUACUACUUAGUUUCAUUGUUUUGUAUAGUUUCGUUAUUGAGAGCCUCCAUAGCUGAUCCAGGAAAACUACCUGAAAGGCCAAAGAUACCACUCACAGAACGAGAAUUUUGGGAACUAUGUAAUAAAUGUAAUAUGAUGAGACCAAAGCGAUCCCAUCACUGCAGUCGCUGUGGACACUGUGUUAGAAGGAUGGAUCAUCACUGUCCGUGGAUUAACAAUUGUGUUGGUGAAGACAAUCAUUGGCUGUUUCUGCAGCUAUGUUUCUACACUCAGCUUCUUAGUUCCUAUACAUUGAUACUUGAUUUCUGCCACUACUAUUAUUUUCUACCUCUGAAAAAAGUUAACUGGGAUCUCUUUGUAUUUAGACAUGAACUUGCCUUGCUAAGGAUAUCGACCUUCAUGGGCAUAAUAAUGUUAGGUGGAAUAAGUGGACUCUUUUACACUCAGCUAAUGGGUAUUUUCACUGAUACAACAAGUAUAGAAAAAAUGUCAAACUGUUGUGAAGAAAUAUCAAGGCCCCCAAAGCCAUGGCAGCAGACCUUCUCAGAAGUUUUUGGCACUCGCUGGAAGAUCCUGUGGUUUAUUCCUUUCAGGCAGAGGCAACCACUGCGAAUUCCCUACCACUUUGCCAAUCAUGUCUAAACAGAUGGAUGGUGGGCACAGAUGGGUCCUCCAUGCUGGAAAUGUGUUACAGGUUUUAUGAUAAUAGAACUAUGACAGUCCUCAAGUCAAUUAAAAUCCACCUACCAAUCUUAGACUUCAUAAUGUGCCUCAGGCUUUAUUUUAAUAGUGAUCUUGAUUCUGUUGUGGGAUUAGUACUAGUUCUAAGUUUAAGUUUAAGGCAUAUUUACUUUCAAAUUAGUUUUCCAGAGGGAAUUCUUGUGUGUUUGAGGUUAAUAACAAAAACAUAAAUGAUUGAGAUACAAUGUUACCCAAUUUUGUUUUGAUGCUGGAUAUUUUGAUUUUUAUUUUUUUUAAGGAAACACUGAAGUUUACAUAGAUUAAUAGAUUUCAAACUAAGUGUCUCAUUCUGCAUUUAAUUCUUUAGUAUUUUUUAUUAGUAGAUUUAUCUAGAUUAUGUAAAGGUCUUUUUCUGCUAAUUGUGUUCAAAAUUCUCUCUCUUCUUUUAUUUAUGAUGCAUGAUAUUAAUCAUGCAGUACAGCACUGGAAAAAGGUGGUAUUUUAACAGAAGCAGACUUUUUCCUAAACUUUUUCCAGAAGUUUUUUUUAAUAUAUAAGGGAGAUCUUGUAUCUUAUAUUCUCACUUCUGUAAAAAUGUAGUCUUAAUACAAUAAGUUAUCAUUGUCCUUGUGUCAGUAAAAGCUAUGAUAGCAAAUACCCUAGGGGAAACUAUGCAGAUAUAAAGCAUGUUUUUCCCUUUUCUCCACAUAGAGUUCCUUGUAACUUGCAAUAAUUCCACAUAUAAUCGAUAUGGUACGAAUAUUAGAGUACAUACAUUUAAAAAAUGAGGUUUAAUCAGUCAAUAUAAGGUAUCAUGUAUGAAUAUAGAAAGUAGUGUGUGGUCACUAAAGUUAUACUUAACAUUUUGUUUUGGUUAGUCACUACUAGAACUAGAAUUAGAAUUACUUUUCAGGUGUUUAUGUAUAAUGGGCAAUGUGUAUGGAAUAUACUUUUUUAGUAUUUUAUUUAUAUGUAAAUAUUGAUGUUAUAGACAAGCAUUAAUUUCUAUGUAAACAGGGUAAUUGAACUGCACUAAUUUCCUCUUGUGUAUUGUGUGGACAGGGGACCAUUUUGCUCUUUUUCUGGGAUAGGAGGGUCACUUCUUUUUAGAAGUGGUUAACAAGAAAUGUUAACCUUAAGAUUAGAGCUGGUCAGAUAGUAAACUGAUACACAAAUAGAAGUAUUGCCUUUGUUUUGCUAUGAUUUAGAGCGUUGUGUUGUUUGUUAUUCAUGUAUGUCUCAGCAAUUGUCAGGUAUUUGGGAAUCUUGAAAGGUUCAUGAAUUGUCACAAGGAUAAAAUUCAUAGUUUGUGUUACUCACUAUUCUGCCUAAAAAGUUUAUCAUCCAGUCUAAGAGCAGAAACAACAGCAUGCAUCUUAGGUGACUACCAUACAAUAUGAAUAACAAAUAGUGAAUAGUCAAAGCAAAGAAGACAUACGCUGAAAAUUAUUUAUCUCAGGCUAUUUGGGAUUUCUAGCAUUCUGAGAGAAAGUUCCUUUCACUCUCUCUUUCACUGUUAGUUUCUUUGUGGGAGAGUCUUAUGGCUGUUGUUUAAACCAAAGUUCAAAAUGUCCAAGAGGUGAUGAAAAUGCUGAUGUGGCCUUUGAAAUUUACAAAU